AUGGAUUCAGGUACCUAUUCUGUUUAUGCCAAGGACAGGAUUCUGCCUUUCUUCAACCAGCGUAAACUGAGCUCGCAAGGAGCGAACAGCCAUGUGUAUGCGUUCGAGAUACAUGACGAGUAUCGAGACUUCCCUCACGCACAGGAAGUGACGUUAUACGCGAGAAAGGAACUCGACAAGGACAGCGAGUUUGCCUUUCAUAUGGAGAACAGGAAUCUAAACCUAGCAAAGACGUUACAGGACGCCCACAUUGUAAAAAUGAUCAAGCCUUACAAGCACGGCGAUACCUUCAACCUUAUCUUCGCUUACGCCAAAACCAACCUCGAUGAUAUGCUUCGGAGGCCAGGUUCAGAUCUUCUCGAGGCCGUACCUGGCCCUAUCGAGUCUCGCCAUCCUUCCCGUCCAGAACACCUUGGUGUUCAUUUCGACCUUAAACCGGCAAAUAUAUUGAUUGACAACAACGACAUCUGGAUGAUAUCGGAUUUCGGUCAAGCCGUUUUCAAACCAACCGGGGACACAACUUCUCGUAUGGUCAACCAAGGGGGAACAUUAGCUUAUGCACCCCCAGAGAUAAAUAUUGAUGCAAAAUCUAGUCGUCGUUACGACAUCUGGUCUCUUGGUUGCAUCGCCUUGGAAGUCCUUGCCUUUGCUCUUCUUGGCCCCCGUGGUUUGAACGGCUGCGAAGCGUACCGAGGCUUAGAUCAAGUACGGCGUACUAGCAAUUCGGCCAAUGGGCAAGAGGACAGUGCUUUGUGGUAUGAGGAAGGCGAUAGAAAAUACAGAGUCAAGCCGGCAAUAUUCGAAUUCAUGCGGUUCCUGGAAAGUACCGAGUCUUUACAACAUCGUCCAAGCAGUCUCUCGUUUGUCACCAACAUUAUUGAUCUUAUCAAGAAAAUGCUGGAGCCAGUAGCUGAUGACCGCAUUGAUAUCGGAGAGGUUAUCCGGCUGUUGACAGCUGCCAUAGACGAAUCGAAUGAUGAGACACCGCCGCUUCAGAUGACUUCUAUGGAAGGUGAGACUUCCAUUGGAGAGUCGGAGCUCCGAUCCAUUCGUUUGUGGAACUUGCGCGAUCAAGAAUGGAAACUGGUAAAACUUGUUGUAUUUGAGGACUAUAAGUCAAAUCUCAGAAUAUGUACCGUGGCACAGCGGCGCGACGCAGUGCAAGAAUAUCUUAAUCGGAUGAGGGAUCAACUGAUCCCUGCGUAUGCAUUUGAAGACCCUUUCGCCUCGUCUACUGCCGACGAAGCUAUUUACUUUUCCAACAUUGAACCCUCUGGUACAUCGAAAUAUCCUGGUUCUAUAUUCUCUUCCGAAGCAAAACACGUUGCAACCAUGCAAGAGAUAUUUACCAUGCAGAAGAUUGAAGCAAUCUUCGCUUUCAGGAACAUCAAAUAUCGAAAACACAAGUCCUUCACUAAGCACCUGGCGCAUUCGAUACAGAGACAUGAAGACAAUGAGGACGGUAUAGAUCUUGGUCCUGGAUGGGCCCAAAUUUGGGUUGAACAAACGGACUCGGCACGCAAGGCCAGAGAAGACAACCUUGAUGUCACCACGAGUCCCACACGUCCUGUAAGGAUACAGCCGCAUCAGCGAGCCGACUAUAGAGUCGUCCCACCUCGACGCCUAGUCAUCUUUAUCCACAAACUGAAAGCAUAUAUGACUAUCCAAGUGGAUAAGAACUGGUGGGAAGAUCCAGACCUUGCAGAUGCUUCUACGAGUACGAUCCAUUUCACCCCGCGAAAAGCCAAUCGUGAUCCUUCCUUCCCAGCCUCCAUCCUUCGACACGCGCACAUUCAAGGUCAAAACCACUUCCCGGGUAUACCUCUUUGUCCUCAAAAUCUCCUCCAGCGGGAACAACGUCCAGAAGUGAUGUUCGAAUGUACGUUCCUUCGAUUGACAUUCGACAAUGAGGAGACGAAAAAGCUCCUAUCACAAAAAUUCACCGGUGUCAAGAAUCAAUAG